AUGCGCGGCGGUCAAGCUAACGAGCAGCUUGGUCUUCUCGGCCGGCCGGUGCAGAAGCUGGUCCAGUUGAUCAAGGAUCUUGAACAUCUCGGUGUGGAGACAAAGAGGUUGCCUCUUCCAAAGAUCGUCGUGGUCGGCGAUCAAUCUGCGGGAAAGAGCUCGCUCAUUGAAGGUAUCAGCGGUAUCAAGGUCCCUCGCAGUGAUGGAACCUGCACUCGCUGCCCGCUGGAAAUCACCCUUUUCUCUUCCGACGAAGAUACUGCCUGGUCCUGUAAAGUGUCACUACAGCAAAAGUUCUCAUUCGAUUCGGACGCCAGUCCUCAUGGUCGCUACGGAAAAUGGCGCGAAGAUCACAAUCCGACAGCCAUCGACUUUGCUAUCGUCAACCGCAAGGAUGCACUUCAGGACGUUCUCACUCGUGCUCAACGCGCUACUCUGAACCCCGGUGAUAACCCACGUGAAUAUCUCAACGCACUCUCCAUUGACGACAUGCCAAUGAAGGUCGAAUUCUCACCCAACAAGGUUGUGCUCGCCAUCACAGCACCUGGACAACCUAGUCUGUCCUUCAUUGACUUACCUGGUGUGAUUCGUCAGAUGACGAAGGCGCAAGACAAAUGGCUCGUGAAUCUUGUCGAGAACUUUGUGGCAGACCACAUUGAACAAGGCAACUCUUUGAUCCUGCUUGCUCGCUCGAUGGAGUCCGACUUUGCCAACUCCAGCGGAGCUGCAUUGAUCGAUCAGCACAAUGCUCUCGGACGUACGGUCGGUUGUCUCACCAAGCCUGAUCGAUGGCCUCUCGGCAGUAAGACCCAACUGAUCAAGAAUGUUCUUCACGGUGACGCUUUCGCUGUUGGCCACGGAUACUUCGUCACGAAACAACCCAAUCAAGUGGAACUCAAUGACAACAUCUCUACCGACGAGGCUCGCAGAUCUGAGGAAGAGUUCUUCGCUCAGGAUCCAUGGAGCACUGAGCUACAGGACUUCCAAGGCCGAUUCGGUACUUUCAAGCUACGCGACACCCUCUCAGUCAAGUUGACUAAGCAAAUUCUUGUCACCUUGCCCGAGAUCACCAGGACUGUCGAUGCUCGCAUUGCAGAAGUCGAGCACGAGCUUACCGGCUACCCCGAUCCGCCCGAGAACGCCCUAGGUAAAGUGCUCGAAGCACUGACUACCUUUCGCAUUGCCCUUGAGAAGCACGCUCAGGGCGUCCAUCCUUACAACGAAAUGCACAACUCCAUCAAAGAAUUGGCAACAACUUUCCAGUCCGAUCUAGAGAGCCUUCGCCCUACCCUCGUUCUUAACACACCAGAAAAGUUCCGCCAAGCAAUCGAGACACCUGUUUUCGAGAUUGACAAUGACGACGAUAAAGUGGGCGAUACUCCCUGCCCUAGCGCAGAGCCGAGGUCCCUUAACAAGAAGAGAAGAGCUGAACCCGAUACACCAGUGGCUGCCUCGUCUGCCAAAAAGAUCAAAUCUGAUAUUGCUACCCCUGUCAAGAACUCUGCUCUCGCCACAAAGGGAAAUAAGAAGUUCGGCCUGCUGGAGAUACGCGAGACUCUCAGCAAGCUAACAGCUUCGAGCGUCCCUGGCGAAGUCGACCCCUUUGCUGUUGACUAUUUUUGUAAACAGACGUUCGUGGGUUGGGAGCCUCCUAUGCUUGAGUACAUCAACAAUGUUCAUCAGGAGAUACAGACCACGCUGGCCCAAUUGCUUGAAAUCACUUGCGCUCAAUGGCUAAACACAGCCUUCUUCAGCGAGGCCAAGAAGAUCAUCAAAUCGUUCGUCGCUAACGCCAUGCACAACCAGGAGCAGCACGCGAAGCGCGCUCUAAAGCUCGAACAGCGAAAGCCUAUGACUUACAACAACGAGAGCUACAUACAGUACCAUGACAAAGAGUUGUCGCUCCUACAAAACGAACGCAUCACUCGACGUCUUGUUGAGAAGUUCGAGGACGCCGACCGUGCCGCUGGCAAGUUCAGCGAGCCUGCCGAGCGCAAAAAGAAGGCAAUGACGGACAAGAAGGCCAGAGGCGAGCUCGGUGACGACCCCUUCAAGCAAGAGAUCCACGCAAUGGCCAGAGUUAGAGGCUACUACUACGUGGCUCUUCUUCGCUUCCAUGAUCACGUUGCCCAAGGUGUGCAGGUGGAGGUUCUGCACGAGCUCGUGACCAACCUCAUGCAGCAGUUGAAAGCCGGUCUCGAGGUCGAGACUCGCGAUGCGCAUGAGCGUUGCAAGGAACUGCUUGCUGAGGAUCGUGACCGCGAGAUUCGUCGCAAGGCACUACAGCAGGAGAGAGUCAACCUCCUCGAGGCUCAGCGCAAGCUCGCUGCCAUCGGACAAAUUGGUGAGGACGUCGCUUCGCUUCCUAACAACUGA